CGAAUUGACGCACCGGAUACCAACUGGGUAUUGUUCCCGAAUUUGCAGACUCCAUCCACUCCCAACUUUGCGUCAAUCGGCCUGUUUGUCGAUCGCUCGAACAGCUCGAUUUGAUGCAGCGAGAUAUACUGAGAAAGGCCUUUACUCUUAGUCACGAACGGUUCGUGAUUGAGGUGGAUCCAAGCAAGCGCUUGUUACAGGGCUAUGCGGAACUGUCAAUUCUCCCAUUGCAACCCAACCUUGACCAUGUUCUGAUCAAUUUUAAGCAAGGCAGCAUUACGCAUGUGUCCGUCAAUGGUGAUCCGGCACAGUAUGUUUAUAAAGAUCCCCUGACCGACGUUACAAUGGGCCCGAAUACAACCAUUGCCAAUCAUCAAAGUUACAAGGGAAAAUAUUUGACGGCUUUAAAGGACGCAGAUGAAGGAGAGCUCAAAGUUACGAUACCCAGUGAUGCAGUGGUCCAGGCGAAGGGAGACGACGCGUAUUUGGAAACAGCUGCCAUUCUACCUACAGCUAUAACGCGCGCCGAACCGUCUACACCACAAACUCCUGGCGGUCCCUCAGCCAUGACCAACUAUGCGCCUAUCACCAUACGAAUUGAUUAUUUUGUAGAAUCACCCUCAGCAGGCGUCAUUUUUGUUGAACCAGACGCUGAUGUUGCCCCUUACCGUGACCGACAUGUAUAUACGACCAAUCAACCAAUGUCAGGGGGUACCAGGAUGUGGGUCCCUUGCGUUGACAAAAUAUCAGAACGAUGCAUGUGGGAUAUGAUUUUCAUUGUACCGCAGAAGAUGACGUUUAGCGAGGAUGAUGUCUAUGAUGAAUCCACGAACGACGUGUUCCAAGAAGGCGAGAAUACAGUGGUGUGCAGUGGUGAAAUAAUGGAGCAGACGACCCAUCCCACCGACCCAUCCAAGAAGAUCGUUCAUUAUUCACUUACCGUUCCAACUGCUGCUCCAUUCAUUGGUUUCGCUAUUGGACCCUUUGAAAUGAUCAAGCUAUCGACUGAAGAUUUACAACUUGAAAUCGUUGCUGAUGGCGAAUUGGGCCUUUACCAAAAACAAAGCGCCAUGACCGGUAUUAACAUGAUGCCAGAUAUAUAUGCCUUCUGUUUGCCUGGUCUUGUGGAUGAAUUGACGCAUUCGACCUCGUUCUUGGCUCAUGCCAUGCAUUUCUAUUCUCAAGAGUACGGAACAUAUCCCUUUGUAAAUUAUAAGUUGGUGGUCGUUGAAGAAGCUUGGGAUCCUGUCAUGUCGUGUGCUUCCAUGUCGAUUUGCAGUGUAUCAUUACUGCACCCACCAGAAGUUAUCGACCAAACAUACGACACUCGACGUGAGCUCAGUAUUGCCCUUGCGGCCCAAUGGUUCGGUGUACAUAUUGUUCAAAAGGUUUGGUCGGAUAUAUGGUUGAUUGCCAGUCUUGCCCACCAUAUGGCUUCUAUUUUCUUGCGAAAACAUCUGGGAAAUAACGAAUAUCGGCUGCGGCUCAAAAAAGACAUGCUACGAUGCGUGUCCAUGGACGUCAACAGACCACCUAUUUUCAACUCAAUGUUACCAGCACCACUUGACCAAGACGACCUUGACUUCAUAACAUUGAAAGGACCACUUGUUCUAUAUAUCCUCGAUAGACGCAUGACCAAAGCUGGAAGCACGCGUGGUUUAUCCCGAGUCAUACCAAAAAUACUAGUCGAAGCCAUGAGUGGUGAAUUGACGUUGAACGCUCUGAGCACCCAUUGGUUUUUACGACAAUGUCGCAAAGUUAGUGGCUACGACACCAAAACUUUUGCUGAGCAAUGGAUUUAUGGCAGCGGAUGCCCCAAAUUUACCUUUAAAUAUCACUUCAAUCGCAAGAAGAUGGUGGUUGAAAUCGAUAUGACUCAAGAGAAUUCCAGCGCAACCUCUGCCCCACCUGCAGACGCCAUUACCGAUGUCAACAACACUCUGGCGUUCCAAGAUACGGUCACUACCAUAUUCACUGGAAACUUCAUUGCUCGUAUUCAUGAAGCUGAUGGAACUCCUUACGAACAUAUCCUUGACAUUCAGACGUCAGCAAAACGGUUUGAAGUCCAGUUCAAUACAAAGUACAAGCGUAUUCGUCGUAACACCAAGCGUUUUCAAGCUAAGCAAGCUGCUGCCGCUGCUGCUGCUGCUGAGGAAGAACAACUGGAAGGCGAGGAAGGCGAACAAGUCUCCAGUAUUGUCCCCUCUCUUGGCUUAGGUAUGCCAUUGUUUGAGGAAGAUCAAUAUCGACAAGAGUGGAGACUGGUUGAAUGGGGUCAAGAGGAAGAUGACACCAGUGGUGCAGCCAGCGCAACAUUUGAUUGGAUUCGACUAGAUGCCGAGUUCGAGUGGAUCUGUACCAUCAAAUUUGAACAACCUGAUUAUAUGUGGGCUGCACAAUUGACCAAAGAUUGGGAUGUUGUUGCACAGUAUGAGGCCCUGGAAGCUUUGAAGACUAUGCCAUCACCGAUGACAUCAACCAGUUUGUUGCGUGCCAUUAUGGACCAAAGAUGUUUCUAUCGAAUUCGUAUGCAGGCUGCAACUGCUUUAGCAAGGUGUGCACGUCCAGACGUUGGCUGGGUUGGACUCUUGCAGCUGACGAAAAUCUUUCAAAAAAAGUACUGCUUUACACCCCCUAACGAAGACGCAUUUAUUGAUGCUGCAUUGCCUAUGGUGCAAUGCAUUCCUCGACCUAACAACUUUACCAAUCUGGUCGACUACUUUCUUCAAAAGGCUGUGGUAGCUGCAUUCGCCUUGAUACGAGAUGAAAAUGGAUUAUGUCCGCUUCCGGUAUGCAAACUGCUAUUAGACUUACUAAAAUACAAUGAUAAUACUGGUAACGAGAUGGAAGACAGCUAUUAUGUCUGCGCCAUGAUAAAUGCGUUAGCGGAUGCUCUCAUGCCGAUCUCCAGUGUCGACCCAGAUCUCAUUGAUCCUAAACGCAAAAUGUUUGUCGACACGGCUAUUGCUGAAAUCGAGCGAUACCGAACUCGUGACAUUGUCAUUCCAUCCUAUCGAAAUAUUGUCACUGUCAACUGCUUACAAGUUUAUACUGGUCUCAUGCUCAGCGGCCUUAUGAAGACAGAUUUGAUGCUUUUCAUGAAUUACUCUAGAUAUGGCAAUUUCGAUGGUAUUAGAACCGUGGCUUUCGACAGUAUACUUCUACUUUGCGGCCUUUCGGACAACACUAUUCUGAAAUACAUGCUGGAUAUUGCUCAGUAUGAUCCAUCCUCCACCAUUCGCCAUUAUGUUGCAAAAGCCCUCUUGGUAGCGCUUGGUUUGAUGAUUCGAGGAAAUAAUCGCGACAAUUCUGCUGUAGAAGAGUUUGCAGAAGAAGAAGGCAGAGUUAUCGUUGAAGACGCUUGGAGAAAGAGACCCAAUGGCCUACUUGAAUUUCAUAAGGCCAUCAAUGAUAUUCGAGCCACCUUUUCGACAAAUUAUGAACUUCAGCAUUACCUUUGGGAUACCUUGAAUAACAAAGCAGCCACUCGCUUGGAUCACCGUGUUCUCAAGUACUUGUUGCAAUUUUGCGAAUACGCAUACAAGCCUGUAGAUGUUGGAUUGAAGGUCACUAUUCGGGUUCCAACACUCCCCCCUGUCCACGUUGCAGAGGAAGCUGAAAACACUCCAUCGUCGCGUGCCACUGCCAGUCCAGUCAGUGAAUCUCCUAGAAUCAGUAUACCGGUUCCGGCAUCUACACCGCCUGUUAGUGGUACGCCGACAACACCUACCAUUAGCAAGCCAAGUAAAACAAAGGAAAUCAAAGAACAUAGGGAACCUAAGGAACCUAAAGCUCCCAAGCCUCCAAAGCCAGUAUCUGCGCAGACGGAUGGUAUGCAGUUCGACGAUCUCAGGAAAGCCAAACGUAUAUUGAAAAAAUUGUUCAAGCACAAGGCAUCGUUCUGGUUCCGUCAGCCUGUUGACCCUAUACGAGAUGGAGCUCUCGAUUACUUUAAAUAUGUCAAGAUCCCCAUGGAUCUCGGCACUGUACAAACAAAACUAGACAACUCUCGGUAUCGGACUAUCAAAGAGUUUGAAAACGACAUUCGAUUGGUGUUCAGCAACUGCUAUGUGUUCAACCCAAGAGGUACUGAGGUGUACAAUGAGGGGCAAGCACUGGAGGCUUUAUAUGAAAAGGAAUGGGCCAGGAUCAAUGGACAGGGCGAUGGUGAAGAUUUCAACAUGACUAUUGUUGAGUCGCCUGUACAAACUCCAACGGAAGUUGCACUCCCUCCUCCACCUACAAAACCUGCUCCCGCUCCCAAGCCUGUUGUGGUUAACAAGCCCGUUGCGAUUAACAAACCAGCUGUCGUUAGCAAGCCUGCAGUGGCUACCAAACCUGUGGUGGUUAACAAGCCAGCUCCUGUUAGCAAACCUCCACCCACAGUCUCAGAAACAACGCACACUACUUCUGCACCCACUGCUACCACUCCAUCUACCCCACCUGUCAUCAAAACGAAACCACCCACGCCCAAGAUGACCAAUGGAGCAGCGGUAAAGACUGACAAAACGCCUAUGGAACUGUGCCAAAGUGUUCUUCAAAAAGUUUUGCAAAAUAAGUUGUCGGCAGAGUUUCGUCAACCGGUUGACCCAGAAUUACAAGGCAUUCCUCAUUACCGACAGAUCAUUACUAACCCAAUGGAUUUUGGCACAGUGAAAACGAAGCUGAAGAAGGGCAAGUAUGCCAACCCAAGGGAAUUCGACAACGAUAUGCGCCUAGUGUUUAGGAACUGCUAUACGUUCAAUCCGCCUGAUAACCCGGUGUUUCAGCAAUGUAAAUUACUUGAAAAGGACUACAAUAAGCUAUGGCAGCUCCAUUUUGGAAACAAGACUGUCCCCGAAGCGUCAGCAUCACCCGUUGAAGCAAGUGUGUCGCCUGUUCCCAAAGCCAGUAUUCCAGUACCGGCGGCGCGUCCUCAUGCAGCAUCUGUCCCACCCAAGGCUGCUGCAGCUCCAUCCCCUGUCAUCAAACAGCAACCGCGACCAGCCUCAGUCGGUCCUGCAAACGCAUCCGUCUCGGUGACGAGCCAUUCUACCGCUCCUUUGGAUAUGACCAUGAAUCCACUCAAUUAUAGCAAGUGUGAGCGUAUUUUACAAAAGCUGACUGACAGUCCGGCUGCUCUUCCAUUUUUGCAACCGGUUGAUCCUGUUGCAUUAGGCAUCCCCAUGUAUUUCGAUAUCAUCAAGGUGCCAAUGGAUUUAGGAACGAUACGGAACAAGUUGUCGGAUCAAAAAUACCAAACUGUGAACCAAUUUGCACAAGACGUGCGACAAAUAUUUUGGAACUGCUUCCGAUUCAAUAUGGCUGGAUCAUGGGUCGAACAGCAAGGACGAGAAUUGGAAGGAGUGUUUAAUGACCUGUUUGCAGUGGACUAUGCCCGACCUGGAACAUUAACCGCAGCAGAACAUAAGAGUGCUCGUGGUGUCUUGUUCAAAUUGAUGACACAUGAAGCUGCCACCAUCUUCUUGGAACCUGUGGAUCCUAAUAUUUUACCCAACUACUAUACUGUUAUCAAGCACCCCAUGGAUUUCCGCACCAUAUCCGAGAAGCUGACAUUUCCCAAGUACAGAAACUUGGAGGAAUUGACUUUGGAUAUUGAGCAGAUAUUCACCAACUGUUUCACAUAUAACGCGCCUGGCGUGUGGGGUCACAACCAAGGCAAGAAGCUUCAAAAAUAUUUCCACAGUCUUGUGGGCAAAGAUGCGGCUUGGGGAAUUAAGCGUAAGAGAGAGGGAGGCUCAACGCCGAAUGUUGGCGAGAAGAAACGCAAGGUUUAAAAUAAUUGAAUGUAAUCGUAAAUAGGCUCGUUGUAAUAAAAACAUAUCUUUCUGAGAAAUA